CUCAUCGCCCUUGCUUGGGCCAGAAGGCAAUGAAGGAGACGAUUGGCAGACUUCAAGUCGAAGCAGGCGACUCAUGGCAGACGGAAUGGCAGGAAGGUUGCCAAUUUCUGCGGUCUAAUUGGAAAGAUGAUGCUGACCGAGGACGCUAACGGCAGCGGUGUCGCUAACGGAAGCAGUGCCCGAAGGAGAGGGACCCCGAGGCCUUCACACACGCUGUCCACGCGGCCGUCAGCCUUUCCAGCCUUCUCUCAGCAUGGCCCGCUCUUUCGCUGCGAUUGCCCUGGCUCUGCUCAGCGCGUCGAUUGCUCUGCCCGGGACCUCAGCCCACAGAAUUCACUUGUGCAACCGCUGCCCCGGUAUUGAAGCACCCGUGCUUUUCCUCAGAGUCUCUCCGGAGAAUUCCGCCUCUCCCACAUGUAUCGUCACACAGGCUCCGACAAUCCAAACUGUUUUUGGCAGCUGCAGAAGAUUCGAGUGAGAUACCGAAUGCUCAGAAUCCCACCUGCACGGUACAGUCGUGCUAUGUGUGUCUCGCAGGGUCGACCACAUUGGCGGCUUCCAUACCUGGAUGGGUUUCAGCCGAGGGGGGCGCCCACCCUUCGGACCACCAACCAUCUGGAGGGGUAACGCCCUCUUCGAUUGUUUCCAGGGUGUAAGUGUAGAGGCGCAUCUCGAGAUCUCGUUGCGCUUAUGGGAGUGUGUCCGUUUGUUUCAGAGAUUCCGCGGUUUGAGACAUCGAAGUGGUGCCGACGUUACUGUAAUCACCCUUUUCUGCACCGCCGACGGGAGACCCCUUGGCUUCUCGCAGGGUUUUUCUUUGAACCGUCGCGGCAAUGAAACUACCGUCGACGAUGAGACCAACUUCAUCGUCGACGAGGGCUUCGACCUCGGCGAAGACGCACCCGUGGCCCAGUACGAUGUGCUGAACAGCACCGAGCUGCGUCAGGUGUUAGGGGCCGCCUUCGAGGAGCUUGCGGACGAGGUUGAGAAUGGCUCAGGACGCAACCUUCUCAGACCCUAGGCGGGCGGUGAGCAGACGACUCGCUGGCCGAUCGUCCUUCCUUGUGUUGUCAUGUCAUUAUUCGCUGUCUGUCUGCGUGGAUGCAUGCAGAUGAUGGCUGGGGCGUCUGUCUGUCUGUCUGUGUCGGGCGGGCCCAUGGUUGCGCUGCAUGCGUGAAGUUGGCUGGCUGCAUGAGCCUAUUUCUUUGAUUUCUGGUUCCUUCCGCGGGGGCGGGCGAGAGAGUCUGAUAACCUAAAACACACACGUCACGUCAUGCGGUCAGUCAUUCUUUAUCCCUUGGCUGACCGUACGCACCACGGCAUCCGGCCGCCAAUGAUAUCAAACGAACGAGACGGGCACUCGACUGACUCGUCCACACACACACUUGUGCUCACUCUCUCGUGUGCGUCGGCCUGUACCAUAGACACAUUCGCGCACACACACAUGCCUGCGUGUUCAUCCCUCGUUGUCGCCAGUUUUUCUGUCUCGGUCGGUCCACAGGUGUCUACCGUCUCAUUCACCCACCACCCACAAGCCAGCCAGUUCAGUAAGUGAAACAAUCCUUGUUGGUGCGUGUUGCGUCUGCAGUGUAUGUGUGUAUGUGUGUCUGCUGUCGGGGAUGGGAGGGAAGGAAACAUCGCUUGCAGCAGCUGGCAUCGCACCGCCGGCAGUUUGUUUCUUCGUUCUGUCUGUGUGUCUUUGUAAUCGACAACUGCAUCUGUGGCCAUAUGUGUGUCACACUGUCACGCUGUGUGGCUGUCUGCCAGGCAGUCCUGCGUACUCGAAUCGGGAGUGCGUGCGGGCCGGACGACCGGCUGCU